CGAACUCUCGCGAGAGUGAGAACAGCCAGGACCCUCCCUCUGCGCCGGAGCGGUUCCCGUAGCGACAGCAAACACUAGCGAAAUGAUGGAGGAUAUUGAAGAACUUCGUCGGCAGCAGCAGACGAAGUUGAUUGUGAACCAGCCAUAUGAUGAGAGUCUGGAGGUGAAUGAUUCAGAGGACGUUGCCAGCAUCUACACACCUACACCAAGGCUGCCAGCAACAAGGCAAGCAAUGCGGCAGCAAAGGGCACUAGCCAACAAUAGCAGUGAUGAUGAGGAUACUGCAAAGGACAAAAAGAGAAGUUCUGGUCCUCCUGGACAGGGAAGAUUUGGUGAAAAUGAGGAGGAAGAAGAGGAAGAGGAAGAAGAAGAGGAAGAGGAGGAGGAAGAUGAUUCUGAUGAAAGUGAUUCGGAUGAGGAUGAUGAAGACCGUGCAGCAGCUCCUGAAGGAGCAUACGAUCCAGCGGACUACAGUCAUCUGCAGGUAUCUCCAGAGAUUAAAGAGCUCUUCCAGUUCAUCACAAGGUACACACCACAGUCCAUUGAACUGGAUCACAAGCUGAAGCCUUUCAUCCCUGAUUUCAUUCCUGCUGUGGGUGACAUUGAUGCCUUCCUUAAGGUGCCCCGUUCAGAUGGCAAACCUGACACCCUGGGUCUUCUUGUUCUUGAUGAACCUUGCACAAAGCAGUCUGAUCCAACAGUGUUGUCCUUGUGGCUAAUGGAGAACUCUAUGCAACACAACGUGACACAAGUUAAAGUGAAGAGCCUGGAAAAAGCAGAGAAAAACCCUAAAGUCAUCGAUAGCUGGAUUGAGAACAUGAGCAAGCUGUAUCGAUCAAAGCCUCCUACUACAGUACAUUAUACCAGGCCCAUGCCAGAUAUUGAUGCACUUAUGCAGGAGUGGCCACCAGAGUUUGAGGAGCUUCUAGGGAAGGUAAACCUGCCAACUGCAGACCUCACUUGUGACCUGGGAGAGUACGUUGACAUGAUUUGUGCUGUUUUGGAUAUUCCAGUGUACAAGAACCGUAUUCAGUCACUACAUGUGCUCUUCACGCUGUACUCUGAGUUCAAGAACUCCCAGCACUUUAAAGCUCUCGCUGAGGGCAGAAAGACAGAUUUCUCUUCAGCAACACGGUCAGGUACAGAGGACCCCGAGACUCUGACUUUCGACUGAAGCAGAGGCCACGUGGAGUGGUUAUGUGGACACAGCACAGAAACUCAUCAUGUCAUGUUGCAGCAGCCACAUGUAUCUGGAAUCUAAAGCCUGAAGUUUGAUUUGCUUAUUUGUUUGUACAGAUGUAUAUAAGAUGGAUUACUUUUUUUGCAUUAAACCAUUUUUUUAUAGAUAUAGCCAGACAGACA